GGACGCUAAUCCACACUUCGAAGAUAUCAUGCCGCACGUUCUCCUGUACAAGAUUCCAAUAAGUAAAUGACAAGGUUACAUUACCUAGCCCCAAAACAAAUGAUGACCUCUACAAAUUUUGUUAUCUUGGGGAUAUCAUCAUGCUUACUUGCUUCUGUAUGUAUGUUCCCAAUCACUAUUGAUCUGUAAGUUUGCUUAGAAGGAGUGCCAACAAGCUAUUCCUUUUUGUUCCUGAAAUUUCAUGUCAUGAUAGCUAAGCUUUUAAGGGAGUAGAGGUCUAGUCCCAUUUAAAAUCAGGAAUCACUCUAACUAACAGUCUUGCUCUUUGCCUUCUUGUUCGAACGUUCCAGGGAUGAAGAGUCUCAUGUGUUCCAUAUUGAAUGGAAAAGGAAAGGCGGAAACCCUCACACUGUGCGCUCUCACCAAAGCGCGCCAGGAGCCCAAAUCCUCGGUUCCAAGCAAAGCCUGAGCUCACCUUCAUACAGGUUGUUCCACGCCAGUUCGCAAAUGAAUCCCUUCGAAAUGGGAUUGGAGACAUUUCCGGAGAUUCAUGUAAACCCUAAUGGUAAUAGUACAACAAGUUAUAUCUCCUACUUGCCAUUGCGAACAUUCUUCAGUCGUGACAAUGAAAUUGUGAUGGGAAUUUUCUACCUUGGAUUUGCAGUGGCAGGUAUCUUGGGGAAUUCACUGACAAUAUAUGUGAUUCACCGCACUCGUCGUUUGCACAACCCGUGUACUCCGUAUCUGAUCAAUGUGUCUUGCUUGGACUUGGCCGUGUCUGUCUUGAUCUUACCGGUGAUUGGGAUCAAUGCAGUCAGUGGAUUGGUGAUCUUCCCUCUCGUUAUGUGCAAGCCCUUGUCAGUUUUAUUCCACGUCUUAACGAGCGGUUCUUGGCUGGGGCUCGCUUUGGUUAGCUUUGUACGUUGUGUGGCUGUUUGGUCAAAAACGAAUAAAUUGUGCCUGAAGUGGUCCAAGACAUACAUAUCCUUGACUUGGCUCAUUCCGAGCGUGGUAGCCAUUCCAUUGCUAACUUUCAGUUGGACUUCAAAGGAGCACACGGGUAAGAAAAGCAUGUCCUGAAAUGAGCCUUCUUAGUCCAAAUCAAGAUUUAAAAGAACCUUGCUCCCUACAGGAAUGGUUUGUUCGUUCUUUUGUGGCAAAGAAGCCAUGGAGAGGAACAAUAGUGUUCCACCAGAAGAGGGCAUGAGCAGUUCGAAAAUCCCUCAAAUUCUAGAUUUGAUUUGCGUGGGCAUCCCUUUUGUGUCAAUGGUCAUCAGCUACAUUCUGAUUUUUAUUAAAAUGCGGAGAUCCCGAAACUCAUUGAGCCAUCUUGGGAUGGCCGCGUUCAAUACUCAUGAAAAGGAGGUGAGGGUACAUCACAUUUAUUUUUAUUGAUGCCAUUAUACAUUUUCUUCCUCAUUUCCAGAUGAAAUUUACUCGAAUGAUGGCUCUGACAUUCUCCAGCGUCUGCUUUUGCUUUUGUUUACCCAUGGGAAUCAACAUCUUCACGUGAGUAAUACUUAUGCAUCAUCAAUCCUUCUGGAUUCUCGUGUCCUAAGGCCCUGAUCCAAAAUAUAUCCUAGAUCUGCCCAACGAGGAGGAGAAUCCUCUCUGUUUUCCACGACGGAUCUCAAGUUACCCGAGAGUAUCAAUGUAAUCGCUUACAUCUUCUUGUUUGUUCCUUUCUGGACCAAUCCGUUGAUCUAUAUCCUGUCAAACCGAAACUAUCGCUUGGCCUAUCUGAACUUACUAACCCCUAAGAAAUGGCGGCGAAGACGAGACGAGACUCUGAGAAGAACCUCCACCUUUCAACAAACCCCCAGAGUUUUGAAGAAGGAAGAGGAGGAGAGGAUUUCGCGCCAGAACUUCAAACGAAUUGAAUUUGUGCCAAGUGUUGUUCCCUAACAACGUACAGCAAUCCAUUGCAUACCUUUUUCACUCUGCGCUACCUACAGUAUAGUUGAAAACCUCCCCAAGAGCAUAAAAAUGCAUCUAUCAAGUUGGAUUAAUAACGUUCACAAGUUGUAGAGGCGGUUGUCCUAGUUUCCAAACCUACUCCUCACUCAAACUAAAGUGCUACAUUCCAAGUACAAAACGAGGCUACUUGGUUUUAAAACACUCAGUUGGUAAAUGUGAAAGUUGUCACGCAAGCAUGACUGACAACCAAGAAAUCAUCCAUCAUCGAACCACGUUGGCUCAAACAUUCUUGAAUCUUCGCUUGGAUAAGGAUGUUCGCAUUAUUGACGUGGCUUGUGGUACCGGCAUCGUGGCCGAGGAGCUCCGAAGUCAUGGCUACACAAACAUUGAUGGCUUGGAUCCGGUUGAAGGCUACUUGCAAGUGGCUCAAUCCAACCACUUGUAUAAAAAAGUCUUCAAGAGCUUCAUCGACGAACGGGUCCCCACUCCCAUUGAGGAUGACACCUAUGAUGUCAUGAUUUGUUGCGCUGGUUUCUUUCAAAGCCUGAUCUCGCCUAAAGCCUUUCCAGAAUUAAUCCGAAUUACCAAAAAAGGAGGAAUUCUUUUGUGGAACCAAAUGGAGGGAUACAAUUCCAUUUCUGGCACUAUCCCGCAGUUUGACGAAUCCAUUCAGUUCUUGAUUGAUAUUGGAAGAUGGAGCCCAAUCAAAAUCAUUAGAUGCGACCUCCUCAGGUUUAGUGAUUGUGGAUCAGCAUAUUUAAGGGGUUUGGAGUCGUCCGGAGUGACGGCUCCAGGAUUUGUGUUUAUUAUGGCGAAACUUACAUGACCACACCAUACAUAACUUUGGAAGGAAAGUUCAAUCGUGUUUUCAACGAGAUGCUACAAGACUCGCUUUGAAUUUUUAGUUUGGCGAGUUGGCAUAUCAGAAAUGUUCUUUCUUGUUAUUUGCAGAUGGAGUGUUGCUCUGGAAUAUUGCAGAAGGCUAUGAACAUUAUGGCCGUGACUAUGCCGUGUAUGACAAAAUUGUGGACGAUCUCUUGGCCCAGAAAAAGUGGCGAUACCUCCAGCCGAUCCAACGUUUAAAAAAUUUCGUUU